AUGGGUGUCGAUCACGCUGUGAGGCCUGCACAAGAAGACCUGUCAGAAGUCUCUUCACUAGAGAAGGAACUCCGUUCCACUGAGGUCGAGGUUGGAUAUGCCUCUGAGGAAAAGCGCAAAUACCUGCAGGCAGGGCUCAGCAAUGAUGAUGCGGAAUUUCUGCUCUCCUUGACACCCAAGCAACAGAGUGCUAUAUACCAUAAGGUGGACGUAAGGGUGGUUCCGAUGCUGGCAUUGCUCUACCUCAUCGCCCACUUAGAUCGAGCCAAUAUUGGCAAUGCCAAGAUUGAGGGUAUCGAGAGAUCAUUGGGCAUGAGAGGGACGGAUUAUAACGUUGCAGUUGCUAUAUUUUUCAUCCCUUACAUCCUCUGCGAAGUGCCCUCUAACCUCAUAUUGGCAAAGUUCAAGAAGCCAAGCACAUACAUUGGCAUCUUGGUGUGCGCCUGGGGCUUGAUCAUGACUUGCAGCGGUUUCGUACAAGGCUUGUGGUCUUUAUGUUUUACUCGGUUCCUCAUCGGCUUGUUCGAAGGAUUCCGAAUGAGUCUUUUCUACUUUUCCAGUGCUGCUUCUGGAGCAUUUUCUGGCUUGUUGGCUGCCGGAAUUGCUCAGAUGGAUGGUCUUGGCGGUCUGGAAGGUUGGCGCUGGAUUUUCAUCAUCGAGGGUAUCGUAUCGGUGAUUAUAGGUGCAGGCUGCUUCUUGCUGUUGCCUGAUACACCUUCGUUGUCCAGCCGAUGGCUGAAGCCGGAUGAGAUUCGCUUCUUGAACCUAAAGUUUCAAGCCACUCGUGGUUCGGCCAGAGACGAGCUGGCAGAGAAAAAGCCAAGGUCGACACCAAGAGGCUCGGUCGUGAUGCAAGUCCUCACAGACAAGCAUCUCUACCUCCAAGCCUUGGUCUUCAUGUCGAAUUCGGUCCCGAAUUAUGGUCUGAAAUUCACGAUGCCACAAAUCAUCCGGAACAUGGGUUUCACAUCGACUAAUGCUCAGCUGUUGACGGCGCCACCAUACUUCCUCGGAGCCUUCAGCGCGUUAUUCUGCUCAUUCCUUGCAGACAGAUUCACCUGGCGCAUGCCAUUCAUCGUCAGCUGUCAGUCAUUGUUGCUGGUAGCAUAUUCGGUUCUGUUCGUCAAGGCACCCAAGAUCUCCGACAACGUCCCUCUAUGCUACGUCAUGGUUGCCUUUGCCUGCAUGGGAGUAUACCCCAUCAUUCCGAACUGCACUGCUUGGACAGUCAACAAUCUUGCUGGGUCAGAAAAAAGAUCUAUGGGUAUAGGUCUAAUGAUUGCCAUGGGCAAUUGCGGUGGAAUCGUCGGCAGCUUCAUCUUCUUAGACAAAGAGAAGCCAAGAUACCCAUCGGGCUUCGGCUCGUCGCUCUCCUUCGCAGCGGCAGGUCUGGUGGCCGCCUUGACAUUGGAGUUCUUUUACAACCGCCACAACAAGAAGUAUGAGCAUAUGAGUGAAGAGGAAAUCCGACAGAAAUACAGCUCGGCCGAGCUUGAGAAGCUCGGAGAUCGAAGCCCUCUCUUCAAGAAUUCGCUGUAG